GGACAAACAUUUCGAGGGAAGCGUGAAUUCACAUCAGUCACAUUUAUCUCUUUGAAUGUCCCACGGCAUGUUCGGGUCUGACGAGCUCAUUCCAGAGUUGAUUGUCUGAAAUUAUAUCGAGUCUCACUCAUUUGUCGCGCCAUCCGAUCUCCGCUCCCUUUAUUUACAUCGAACCUUGAAACACACCUUGUUCGCGUUCACAACCUCCUACCAGCAACGCCGAUGACGACUUCCAGAUAAUAUCAACAUGUUCCCUACAUAAUCCUGCACUUUCCUUGUCUGCAAAGAUCAAAAGGUUGCUCUGCUGCAAGCUGGAGACCACAACUUCAAAUGCGACUGCUCCCUUCCUUGAACAUCCCUCCACUCAGUCGUCGUGAUGGCGACUGUUCGCGAUCUUGUGCCUCCGCGCAAGAAGGUCACCACAUAUGGGAAAGCAGCAAGAAGGAGGAUACCCGAAUACAGCUUCACGUCACGCAAAUCUCAAACACCUGAAAUUGCGAAAAGUCCCGAUUCACAAGUGUCUGCAAGCACCACGACUACAGCAACACCUACGAAGCUGAAGUCUGUGCCGCGGAGAUCAGUCUCGAGAACUCCUUCGUCUGCCUCUCCUCCUUUGGAUGUAUUCGACGUACCGCUUAGCGACGGCGAAACAGUUGUAGCCGUUCAGCGGCCCAUUGCUACGCCGUCGAAGCUUAAGUCUAUCCAGUCCAGGUCUGCCUCGAGCACGCCUCCAUCUGUACCUACAAAAUCUGCGGAUGUUUACGAUGUACCUACGAGCGAUGAUGAGGCGCCGAAACGGCGGACUACACCCAGGCCGCCGAAAGUCGUUCCAAAGAAAAGUGCUGCUGUGAAAACUGCCAAGGAGAAGGCUCCCCCUGCAGUAUCUAAGGCUAUCUCUCGUCCAGCUGUGGACGUUUACGAUAUGCCGUCUGAUGAUGACGAAGCUCGAGAGCUCAAGCCUAAGCCAAUUGCUCACAAAGCUUUUAGCAAAUUGGCGUUCGUUCACAACAAACAAGAGAAGGGUACACAUAAGACAGGCGCGGAUAUGGUAGAGGAAGUGGGAAGCAGAAAACGAUUAAAGUUAUCUCCAGCCCCCGACCCUCCAUCGCCAAGACGCCUACCUCUACCUCCCAAUGCCAUUCCCCGAAGACCAAAACCAUUGGUCAAGCCAGAAGCCUCUGAUCGACCUACGAAGCCCUUAAGAGGACGUAACACUUCCCCCAAGGCAGGCCAAUUCACCAAAGUAGCCACUGCCCCCAAGUUUGAAGCACCUUUGAAAUGGCCUACCCAUCCUGCAACCCCCAGAAGGCCGAGCAAAUCGAGGAGCAAAUCGAACACUCCUGAAUCAAGCGUUCCUUCGCCAGGACUUGGUGACGUUGAUAUGAUGGAUGCGGAUCCUGAGCACAGGCAUAUCUCUCCAAAGGGUUUAGAGAUGUGGCAAGCUCUUUUAGACCCUGCAGAAGACGAAGAGAUGACGAUUGAGGGGAGUAUACCCAUCGUCGAAGUGACCCGUGAUGAGCCAACUAAGAAGAAGGCACCGGGCUUGAAUUUGCUCUCAAGACCAGCUGGAGUCGUUAAAGCCUCGCAAAAAAGUCCAAAGAAACUACCAAGACGAAGGCUGAUUGAUUGUCUUGUUGAACAAGCAGUUCAAGAAUCCGAGGAGAGCUCGGCGGAGGAGGACAAUGGAUCAAGCAUGGACUCAGCCCCAUCCUCGAGUCCGGCCGCAGCACAGUCUACAUCAAGGGGCCAAAGCUUAGUACCUGAAGCUUCAAAGUUGCCCCCCAUUACCUCAGAUAGCCAAGGUUCGCAGCCAACUGGCCCGAAGUUUACUUAUAGCAAGCAAAGAUCUAUGCUAGCCGAGGCCGAUCUGAUGGCAGAAUUGGCAAUGGACAUGCCAUUACCACCUAUUCAAUCUUCGCAGGGUAGAAGAGGUCGCAUGAUGCCAUCUAUACCUCUUCUCAAACCUCUGGCAGACUUUCACGACGACGAAGAUGAAGAUGAUUCCACGGCUGCCGUGAAAAGUGUUCAUGAAAUUAGGAAGCAGGGUGCUAAUAAUCGCUUCCUGGACGAGACCCAGGACUUUCUUGAUCGAAUUGGCAGCCCGGGCGAAACACCUGUAUCCAUGAGAAGAUCAGGUCUGUUCGAUCUAGCCAGCAAGAUGAAGGAAAAGUCUUUCGCAGAGAAAUUCCGUGCAAAUGGAAUGGAGCAGAAAUUAUUCCUUCAUCUGGGCCAAGAAGCUGAUAUUGUGGCUGGCUUCAUCAUGGUAUCUUUGCUGACUACUGUCCUGCUCGAUGGCAACAUGUCUCACAUCGUAGCUCAACUACGUCGACAAGGCAUCACCAGGCUUCUUAUCCGCCUUCUUGAAUGCCAGUCGCCUAUUGCUGUUGUGGCGAAGGAUCGUAAAAGCAACAUGUCAAAGGUUGCCCAAUCACUUCUGAUCGAGCACGCAAACGAUGUCAUGCUGAUGCCAUCGUGGGAUGAGUUGAAGCCCCAGUCAUUGUCUCCCCGCACGGUGGCCUUGAAGUGUUUAGAGGUCAUGGUUCGACAGACUAGAGAUGCUGGAAAUGACGGCGAGAUCUUCUCGAAAGAACUCACUACAACCCUGUUUGAAAUCCUAAAGACCGCUUCUGACGAACGUUCUUGGGACCUCCCGAAGAACAAGCAAGCAAUCGAUUUUUUCUUGGCGGUGUCAGCUCUAGAAGCACAUUCUCUUGCCGCUCGAACAGUCCAGAAUGAGACCAUCUGGAUCAGCGACUAUCUACCUAUUGUCGCUGAUACUUUAGAGGUUGCUCUAUCCCAACCAGUCGAAGAGUUCGGCAUGUUACAGCUCCUUCUCUUCCGACUCGUCCUGAAUGUCACGAACAACAACUCGAAAGCAUCUGAUGUGUUUGCCAAGCCUACUUUGAUUUCGUCGAUGGGGCAAGUCAUCGUUGCGAAGUUCAAUCGAAUCUCACGAUUUCUGCUUGAGGAAGAACUGUUUGUGGCUGUUGAAAACUUGAUCCUACUCGAAGGCGUGAUGAUCAAUUUCGCGGAAUGGAGCUCAGCCGCUCGUGAGAGCAUGCAAAGUCUGGAAGGUCGAAGCAACGACCCAUUAAAUGCAAUGGUCCAGAUCUUUGCGGAUAACCAGGACAAGAUAUCAGAGGCCGACUCGAUGCAAGACACGUCAAAGAACGUUGCUUUCGGCUACCUUUCGGUUCUUCUGGGCAAUUUCGCGCUCCUACCAGCCAUCUCAGAAAGAAUACAAAAUAGACAACCCAGAAAAACUCUACGUCCUAUCGUAGCAUCCAUCGAAGAAUUUAUCGGCCACAACAAAAAGGUCGACAUGAUAGUAGCUGAUGAAGACGGCUACAACCCACAAGCCGGACUCACCGAGCGGCUAGAGAACUUGGUUAAUAAGCUUGCUGAACUGAAGGUUGCAAGCAAGUAGAUGAAUUGGCUUUACAGAAAGAGAGACGGCGGGCUUGAAUAGCGGUUAGAAUUACACAACACACACACAACUCUGGGCUUUUCAUUUGUUUGCAAUAGGAGGCAGGGGGCGAAACACUUUUUUAAAUAUACCCUUAUUGCAUUUUUGGGCACGCAUCGGUUUAUGAUGAAGGGAUAACAGUAAACGGGAUCCGCGGUGUUUAAUCAGGGUGCAUGUACAAGGAUCAAGUGAGGAGGAGUUCAGAAUGCGAAAUGUAUGGGUUUCAAGAUUGAAUUUCAUUGUGAUGGGAUGCUACACUCUCUGCAAUCCGAGUUACUCCUCAAUCCAACCCCAAACUCGCCAUUUCAAGGACUGGCAUCGCGUUCCCGCGAACUCUAGUAAGCACGAUUCCCUCUUCCUUUGCUCUACCCUCCCAGUAUUCACCGUACCUAUCAUGAGAGUCCAUUGU